GGGGUCGGUAAGGAUUGUCUUUUGGCGCAUGCGCAGUGGCCUUCCAGACAUUUCUUCUUCACGUGGAUCGCAGGAGUGAACAGUGAAGUGAUCCAGUGUGACUGUCUUAUCCUGCUCUGCCGCACGCUCAUUUCAUAAAGAUCAACGAAAAUGCAGGCUUUCCGGAAAUUCCUUCCCAUGUUCGACCGUGUGUUGGUGGAACGGCUUGCUGCAGAGACCGUUUCAAGAGGAGGCAUCAUGAUUCCAGAAAAGUCUCAAGCCAAAGUGCAACAGGCUACAGUGGUAGCAGUGGGUCCAGGAUUCACCAACAAGGACUUCUAUAACUGGUCUGAUGAGUCUUUUGAAGAGAUGGACAGCACCCUGGCAGUGCAACAGUAUAUUCAGCAGAACAUCCGCUCAGAUUGUUCCAACAUAGAGAAGAUUAUGGAGCCCCCAGAGGGACAAGAUGAGGGUGUGUGGAAAUAUGAACAUCUCAGACAGUUCUGCUUGGAGCUCAAUGGCUUGGCAGUUAAACUGCAGAAUGAGUGCCAUCCGGACACAUGUACCCAGAUGACGGCCACUGAGCAGUGGAUCUUUCUGUGUGCUGCCCAUAAGACUCCCAAAGAGUGCCCUGCCAUUGACUACACAAGGCACACCCUCGAUGGAGCGGCGUGUCUUCUCAACAGCAACAAGUAUUUUCCCAGCCGCGUCAGCAUUAAGGAAUCAUCUGUGGCCAAACUGGGCUCGGUUUGCCGUCGCAUCUAUAGGAUCUUCUCCCAUGCUUACUUUCACCACCGCCAGAUUUUUGACAAGUAUGAGAAUGAGACUUUCUUGUGUCACCGCUUCACUCGUUUCGUGAUGAAGUACAACCUAAUGUCUAAGGAUAACCUCAUUGUGCCCAUUCUGGAAGAGGAAGUCCAGAGUGCCACUGCUGGGGAGAGUGACGCCUGAUCUGUAUCUUUUGCAUUUUCAGCCUCUAGCAUCCAGACAGGCAGAGGCAUACAACUUUAGUCAUUUUGUUACUUUUCCACUCACUAAUGUUUUGUUUGAUCCAAAUCUCUUCAUUCAGCUGUAACAGUCAAAAUGUAACAUCAUCAGCAGCUCCUUGUACAUAUCUCACUCCAUCUCCAUUGUAAAUCCUGCUUAACCAAUAAGAAUUUCCUUUCUUUUUUUCCCCUCUCUCGACUAUAACAAGUCUGGUGAUAUUCACCCUGUCUUUUCCCUUGUUGUUAAGUUAUUACAUGGGUGGAGGGUUCUUACCUGGCCCACUUUGUCCUUUUUUUUAAAAAAAAAUGAACUAAAAUGUAUGGUAUUUUCAUUAUGUCAAUUGUUAAUAAAAGACUUGUACCUAGUUUACGCUUAUGCGUUAGCUUUUUGUCGUGUUAAGUAACAACACAAACAGCCACUUUAAAAUGAGGUAAAUACCUAUUUAAUAAAAUAUUUAAAAAAAAUGGUCUGAAUCAUUCAAAUACUACAGUUGGUAAAUAAUACUGAUCAGUUCUGGCAUAUUAGAAUAUAAUGUUAAAUAUCUGAGCUCAGCUUCUGGAGUGAAGAAACAUCUUACUAGGUUCUCCAGGCAUCAAACAAUUACAGCAGCUUGAUAGUCUAUUUUGCCAGCUAAAACGUGCUUAUUCUAUUCUGCCAUUCCUCAAAGAGGGAUAAACAUUGUCAAGGCAAUAUAAGAUGCAAAAAGUACAAAGCUUAACUCAGUUAAAAUUAUACAACGUACAAGUGAAUAAGGUGGCACAAGCAGCACCAUUGCCGCUUUAAAAAAAAAAAAAAAAAUCCAGCCUGAUAAAUCUAAUUUGAUCAUCAGCCUGAAGAGAACUACAGUCAGAGUAAAACUGAAAUUUUGCCUCUUAACAUGCAAAUCUGAGUGCAUCACCUUUCCCUUUUGGAUAGCAGAAAUUCCUAGAAGAUUAACAUACAAAUUCAACUACCACCACUUGAGUUCAUGGCAGAGAUCAGAUAAACCAAACUACAGCAUCAAGUUCUGGGUUUAGUGCAGACUAGCUCAUGGGGUCCUGCCUCCAGCGUUGUACGUUUACAGUGCAUAUGCAUUUCCCUUAAACACUGGUGUCCCAAGCUGUAUUGAGCAUUCCUGAUGUUUUGACUCCAAGGCCUGGAAAAUUCCUGCAAAACAAAUCUAAGCAUGUCCCAAAUAUGCACACCAAAUAAAC